AUGAUGAUGAUGUCAUCAAUAAAAGCGUUGACACCGCGCAUGCGGUUCAACUAUUCGAAGCCGAUUAUAGACAACAUGGUUUUCAAGCUUCACUAUAAGUUGACUGUGGUCUUGCUUCUCUGCUUCAUGAUUCUUGUCUGUGGGAGAGAGUACUUCGGAGAGCACAUCAAAUGUUUGUCCGACCAGGGCGUACCACCACAUGUCAUACAGACUUACUGUUUCUUCAUGGCCACGUUUACUAUUGUCAGACAUUACAACGAAAGUUUACUGGAAGGUGGAUUUUUGCCGCAUCCGGGAGUUGGGCCUAUUCUUGAAUCAGACGAGACUAUCCGUCAUACAUACUACCAAUGGGUUCCCUUCGUUCUGUUCAUUCAAUCGAUCUGCUUCUAUAUACCGCAUUAUAUUUGGAAGAGCAAAGAAGGAGGCAGAAUAAAAGCUUUAGUUGAAGGUCUUCAAUAUGCCAGCUUAGCUUUACACGAUACAGACAUGCAAGCUGGUAGCAUCAACGUUCCAUCGAAGCAGACUCUGGAGAGCCGAGUGGAUCUCAUCAAGAAAGAUAUUUUAUUGAGAUUAAGAAUUACAAGAACCUGGUCUCGAUGGCUGAUAUCCAUGGAGGUCCUAAAUCUUCUGCACGUGAUGAUUCAAGUAUGGAUUGUCAACAAAUUCCUUCACGGCAGUUUUAUAAGUUUGGGGCUUAACGUAAUGAAAUUCAAACAUUGGGGUGAUAUGACAGAUCCAUUGGAAUUAGUUUUCCCAAAGGUAACGAAAUGUGUGUUCCACAAGUAUGGUCCCAGUGGGUCCAUUCAGCAGCACGACGCUUUGUGUGUUAUGGCUCUUAACAUCAUCCACGAGAAGAUCUACGUCAUUCUGUGGUUCUGGUUCCUAUUCCUUUUCAUCGCGUCUUUUCUGGGUGUCGUAUGGCGGUUCGUGUCGUUCUUUAUGUUCCGUAGAUCAUUGAGAUUCAACGAAAUUGUGUUCCGGCAUAUCUCCAAGAGCAAGUUUAAUCCGUAUAACGUGAUCAACGUUGUCAACGGUUGUGAGUUUGGGGAUUGGCUGUUCCUAUAUUACCUUGCGAAGAAUAUGAAGUCUGCUACAUUCCAUGAGUUAUUCAGAAGCGUUGCUGAAGAAUUAGAAAAACGGGAUAUACCGUAUAAUAACAAAGAAGACGAUAAUGUUGAGAAGGGAUCUGAACCUGUCCUACUAGGAAAAGUAGACUAUGACGAUGAGACGUUACCACUUAAAGAGAAAAGGACAUAG